AUGGUUUCUGUUGGUAUGAUAAGUGCUAAACUAUCAGACUUACAUGACAACAUUGCGAAAUUGUCUCAUGAAUUGGACCUUAAACGUAAGGAAAAGGAGUCUCAAAGAGGCUUUGUCAAAAAGCUUGACUCAGAAAUCAAAGAUAAACAUCGAUUUCUAGAUAGCUUAGAACAAAAGCGUGAACAGCAUGAAAAAACUAUCAGAUUUAAUACUGAGCGCCUAUGUGAGCUUCAAAAAUCUGCUGCUGAGUGUCAGAAAGCACAUGAAUCUCUAGAAAAACGACUAGAAAGUCAAGAACAAUCAAUUCGUUCUCUCGAAGACGAAGUUAUUGAAGCACAAAGUCUUGCAAAGUCUUCAGCCCAAGUUUACGACGAGACUCUUAAGUUACUACAAGAAAAAUUGGAGAUUUUGGAAAAAUAUGAUCGGAAAGAAGAAUCUCUUACCAAGACUAUCAAAGAGUUGAGAGAUGAAGCUAAUUUGCAUGGGAACAGACUACGUCGCAUUGAGACACAAGGAAACGAGGCAAAUAAACGCAUAGAAAUGCUGGAGGAAAAAAUCAGGGAACUGACAGAACAAAUUAAUUCCGCUACUCAACGAGCUGUUCGUGCAGAAGAAGAAUCUGAAAAUCUAGCCGGUGAAUUAACAAUUCUAGAAGACGAAGCAAAUGAAUGGAAUGAGAAAUCAAAUAAUGUUCAAGAACAAAUUAACAUGGUUCGAGUCACUAUCAGUGAAGCUUAA